AAAACCCCUCCUCGUCUUCCCCCUUAUCCCCUCGCUCCCACCUGACUUCCAUUUCUCACUAACAGAAACACUCUCGGUGCCGUGUCUUAUACACUUACAGUGCGCUGUGAUGUACGAAAAACCCUGAUUUCGCCUGAAAAUUCAGAGAGAUGGCUUCCCCCGCGGCUCAAAUCAAUGUCCUGUGCAGUUCGCGUGGUUCUUCAAUCAAGACCCCCGAUUUCACAACCCCUAAGACUUUGUUUUUAGGUCAGAGGCUGGGCCAAACGACGCCGUCCAAUGGCUUUAUCUUUAUUAGCCGAAGAAUCGACGGCGUUAGAAGAGUCGGGCCGCUUCGUAUAGUCAACGAGAAAGUUGAAGUUGUCGAUUUGGGGACGACGAACAACUCGGCCGUUGCGGCUUUUGAGAAACUGAAGGAUGCUGAGAAAAAGAGGAUAAAUGACUUAGAAGAACUUGAGAACAAGGCAAAUUUGCAGUUAGAGAGACAGCUUGUCAUGGCUUCAUACUGGAGCAGGUCCUUGUUGACUAUGCGCGGAAAGUUAAGGGGAACAGAGUGGGAUCCUGAGAACUCACACAGGAUUGAUUUUAGUGACUUUUGGAGACUCCUUAACUCAAAUAAAGUCCAGUAUAUGGAGUACUCCAACUAUGGUCAAACAAUAUCAGUGAUUCUACCUUACUACAAAGAUGAGAAAAUGGAAGAAGCAAAAGGAAAUUCUAAGGAGGUUAUUUUUCGGCGUCAUGUGGUUGACCGAAUGCCAAUAGAUAGCUGGAAUGAUGUUUGGCAGAAGUUGCAUCAGCAAAUAGUGAAUGUUGAGGUUCUGAAUGUGGAUACAGUACCCGCAGAAGUAUAUUCUACUGUGGCAACUGCAGUCAUAUGGUCUAUGCGGCUUGCAUUGUCCAUUGUAUUGUAUCUCUGGAUUGACAACUUGACGAGACCCAUUUAUGCAAAGUUAAUACCAUCUGAUUUAGGAAGUCCUAGCAAAAAAACCAGGCAGCCACUCAAGCGCCGUGCGCUUGGAUCAUUAGGCAAGAGCCGGGCAAAAUUUAUAUCAGCAGAAGAAUCUACUGGUGUUACCUUUGAUGAUUUUGCUGGCCAGGAAUAUAUAAAGCGGGAACUGCAGGAGAUAGUACGAAUUUUAAAGAACGAUGAAGAGUUCCAAGAUAAAGGCAUCUAUUGCCCAAAAGGCGUACUCCUUCAUGGACCUCCUGGAACUGGAAAAACUCUGCUGGCUAAAGCUAUUGCUGGCGAAGCAGGACUGCCUUUCUUUGCAGCAAACGGCACUGAUUUUGUAGAGAUGUUUGUAGGUGUUGCAGCAUCACGUGUGAAGGAUCUAUUUGCUAGUUCCAGAAACUUCGCACCGUCCAUUAUAUUUAUUGAUGAGAUAGAUGCCAUUGGUAGCAAACGUGGUGGACCUGAUAUUGGUGGGGGUGGUGCAGAAAGGGAACAAGGUCUGCUUCAGAUACUGACAGAGAUGGAUGGAUUUAAAGUUUCUACUUCACAGGUGUUAGUCAUAGGUGCAACAAAUAGACUGGAUAUCCUUGAUCCUGCUCUAUUGAGAAAGGGCCGCUUUGACAAGAUUAUUAGAGUUGGUUUGCCAUCAAAGGAUGGUAGACUAGCCAUACUGAAGGUGCAUGCUAGAAAUAAAUUUUUCCGCUCUGAAGAGGAGAAGGAGGUUCUCCUUAAUGAAAUUGCUGAGCUUACUGAGGAUUUUACCGGUGCAGAGUUGCAGAACAUACUGAAUGAAGCUGGAAUUUUGACGGCAAGGAAGGACUUAGAUUACAUCGGACGGGAAGAGCUUCUAGAGGCUUUGAAACGGCAAAAGGGCACGUUUGAAACAGGUCAGGAAGAUAGUUCCGAAAUUCCAGAGGAACUGAAACUUAGAUUGGCAUAUCGAGAAGCAGCUGUUGCUGUCCUUGCGUGCUACUUUCCUGAUCCAUACCGGCCUUUUGCUGAGACAGAUAUAAAAUCCAUUCGUAGUCAGCCAAAUAUGCGCUACACUGAAAUACCGGGGAAGGUCUUCUCAAGAAAAUCAGAUUUUAUAAACUCUAUAGUGCGUGCAUGUGCUCCUAGAGUUAUUGAGGAGGAGAUGUUUGGGGCUGACAACUUGUGUUGGAUCUCUGCAAAGGCCACAUUGGAGGCUUCAAGGCUUGCAGAAUUUCUGAUUCUACAAACAGGAAUGACAGCUUAUGGGAAAGCAUACUACCGAAAUCAAAAUGAUCUUGUGCCAAAUCUUGCAGCCAAGCUUGAAGCACUUCGAGAUGAAUAUAUGCGUUAUGCUGAGGACAAGUGUUUAUCUGUAUUAAGGGAGUACCAUUCAACUGUAGAGACAAUUACAGAUAUUUUACUUGACCAUGGAGAGAUUAAAGCUGAAGAAAUUUGGGACAUAUAUAAACGGUCUCCUCGAGUACCACAGCCUGAAGUGAACCCGGUUGAUGAAUAUGGUGCCCUAAUUUAUGCGGGGAGGUGGGGAAUUCAUGGGAUUACACUUCCUGGGAGAGUUACGUUUUCACCUGGGAAUGCUGGAUUUUCAACCUUUGGUGCACCCCGCCCUAUGGAGACCCAAAGGGUCAAUGAUGAAACUUGGAAGCUAAUAGAUAGCAUAUGGGAUAAAAGGGUUGAAGAAAUUAAAGCUGAAGCUUCGGCCGAGGUUGAAGAAGACAAAGAGAAGCCACAACUUUUAAUGGCCAACCAUUUCUUCUAAACAGGCAUGUUUUUGUAUAAAGACGGUUUACAGGACGAAUCAAGAUUUAUCCCCAAGGAUAUAGGCUAGUGUUGGUGGCAGCAUUGCCAGGCGAAUUUUGAUGAGGUGACUCUUCCCUGCUACUGCGAUUAAAAGCACGCGUAAACGUAAUCAUCGUCUGUCAAACUCUAGUGUCUAGACAGGUGAUCGAUGAUUCCUGUUCGAACAUCAUUAAUCUGUUGAUGAUAUGAGUGUUGGUUUAACGUUGAAACGAGAAAUAUAAUGCUGUAACAAACAAAAGUGAUUGUGCAAAGCAAAAAUUUAUGUUUUCAGUUUACUACUGCAGCCUGCAGGCAA